UUUAAAGAUGCUCUGAAACUAAGUUCUAGAAAAGUAAUGAGUGUGUUCCAAGGCAAAGGACCCACAUGCCCAUGGGUGUGUGCGUGAGGAUGGAUUCCAGACCGAGCUCUAAUAAAAAUGCAUCCACUGCUGCUCUUGCAUGAAUCAUGGCCUUGGGGGACUUUCUUUUUGCACAGCGGCUCAGUUGUACUUUUUCUUUAAUGGGUUUGAGUGGUUUGGGUCCCUUGUGUUCCCUGUGAGUUUGAAUUCUUGGGAUUUUCUUGGUCGGUUUGAGAGUAGAAAAAAAUAUUAACUUUGGGUUUGUUUCUGAACGGCUGGGUGUGUGUGGGAGGGCAGAACACUGACCUAAUUUAGGUGUGUCUGGUUUAGGGUCUUCUUUUGGGGCUGUGGGAUCAGAUUAAGGUUAUUUGCUGAAAGUGGGUACGCAAUAAUAACGGAGUUGUUUUCCGAUUUGUGCUGUUUUUGGACAGGAUCUCUGAAAGGAUAUGCUUUGUUCUUCUCAACCUGAAGGUAGAUUUCGGGCAACUUUACCGGGAAAUUUAGUGGGAUUCUGCAAUUUUUCUGCUGUUUUUGGCAGUUAAAUCAGAGAAGAAACCACAUUGCAGUUCUGUUUCAAGGUUCUGAGAGACUUGGCUUGGGAAUUUUGGGCUUGCUUGUUCGUUUCCCAGUUGAUUUUAGUUUGUUAGUGUUGCUGAAGGGAAAAGAUCAACUGGGUUUCUAUUUCUGCUCGGCAGAUUGCUCUAUUUGAUGCAAAACGUUUACUGGGCGUGAAAGCGGAUUUCAGAGUGAGAUAAGAGGCCGAGGUGGUUGUCGUUCGGUUUCCCAUUAACUUAUCCCUUUCCUGAAGUUCUUAUUUUGAGAAAAUGGCUUGCAUGAAACUGGGAUCCAAAACUGACGCGUUCCAACGGCAAGGGCAGGCCUGGUUCUGCACAACUGGGCUUCCAAGUGAUUUUGUUGUUGAAGUUGGGGAGAUGUCCUUUCAUCUUCACAAGUUCCCUUUGCUCUCUAGAAGCGGGGCUGUGGAAAGAUUGUAUGCAGAAGCAUCUGAAGAAGGAGAAGAAGGAUGUGUCAUAAACCUUCCUGACAUUCCUGGUGGGGCCAAAACAUUUGAACUUGUGGCCAAGUUCUGCUAUGGGGUGAAACUUGAACUUACAUCCUCAAAUGUUGUGUACCUUCGCUGUGCUGCUGAGCAUCUUCAAAUGACAGAGGAAUAUGGUGAAGGCAAUUUGAUUGCCCUGUGUGAAACCUUCCUUAAUCAAGUAGUUCUUCGAAGUUGGAAAGACUCACUAAAGGCACUGCAAACCUGCGAUGAUGUUCUACUCUAUGCUGAAGAACUUAACAUUACAAAAAGGUGCAUUGAGUCGCUGGCUAGUAAGGCAUGUACUGACCCAAAUCUAUUUGGGUGGCCUGUCAUGGAGCAUAGUGGCCCCAUGCAGAGCCCUGGGGGAAGUGUGUUGUGGAAUGGGAUAAGUACGGGAGCUAGACCAAAGAAUUCAAGUUCAGAUUGGUGGUAUAAUGAUGUAUGUACUUUAAGUUUGCCCCUCUAUAAGAGGUUGAUUUCAGUCAUGGAAACUCGUGGAAUCAAACAGGAUAUUAUUGCUGGGUCCCUCACUUGCUAUGCAAAAAAAUACCUUCCAGGGUUGAAUCGGCGUCAGGGAGCCAGUGAGUCAAGUAGCCGUCCGGCACCAGCAGCAAUGGGGGCUCCACCAUCAGAAGAAGACCAGAAGCUUUUCCUAGAAGAAAUUGAUAGGCUACUUCCAAUGCAGAAGGGACUAGCGCCAACCAAGUUCCUAUUUGGUCUGCUUCGAACAGCCAUGAUUCUACGAGUGAGCCCCUCUAGCGUAUCAAGUUUGGAAAAAAGGAUUGGGAUGCAGCUUGAUCAAGCGACUCUGGAAGAUCUGUUGAUGCCCAAUUUCUCUUAUUCCAUGGAGACACUAUACAAUGUUGACUGUGUGCAACGGAUUCUUGAGCAUUUUCUUGCCAUGGAUCAGGUUUCAGGUGGGGCCUCCCCAUGUGCAGUUGAUGAUGGCCAAUUGAUCGGGUCACCUUCGUUGACACCAGUCACAAUGGUAGCGAAGCUAAUUGAUGGAUACCUUGCAGAGGUUGCCCCUGAUGUUAAUUUGAAGCUCCCCAAAUUUCAGGCUCUAGCUGCUGCAGUUCCUGACUAUGCCAGGCCCUUGGAUGAUGGCCUUUAUCGUGCGAUAGACAUUUAUCUGAAGUCACACCCAUGGUUGGCAGAGUCUGAAAGAGAACAACUCUGCAGGCUGAUGGACUGCCAGAAGCUCUCGUUAGAAGCUUGCACCCAUGCUGCACAAAAUGAGAGGCUUCCUCUUAGAAUAGUAGUUCAAGUUCUCUUCUUUGAGCAGCUUCAGCUUAGGACCUCCAUUGCUGGCUGCUUUCUGGUUUCAGAAAAUCUUGAUGGAUCAAGACAGUUAAGAAGUGGGCUUGCUGGAUCUAAUGAGGGAGGGUGGGCCACAGCUGUGAGGGAGAAUCAGGUUUUGAAGGUGGGGAUGGAUAACAUGAGGAUGCGAGUAUCUGAGCUGGAGAAGGAAUGUUCAAACAUGAGGCAGGAGAUUGAGAAGUUGGGUGGUCGCACAAAGAAUUCUAGCACGUGGGGAAAUGUGUCGAAGAAAUUCGGGUUUAAGCUAAAGUCUCAAAUGUGCAGUGCUCAAGCUGAAUCAGUUAGCAACCAGAAUAAUGGUAAUGUGAAGGUUGAGAAGUUGAAGGACAGGCAUGGAAAGCACAAGAAAAACUCAUCCCAUAAUGACUAAACCCUUUCAAAAUUGUUUAUUAUUUUGUACUGUUUCUUUUUUUCAUUUGUAGUUCCGCUUUUGUAUUUUCAAGUUAUAAAGCAUACAUCCAUCUCUGUGGUUUCAAAACUGUACCAAAUAUAUUGCAGACGGAUGGAGGAAAGUGUAAUUUGUGUCAUUGUAACUCUA